UUAUUCUUUUUAUUUUUUUCUUUCUCCUUUGCAGAUUGCCAACGCGGGGCCAGCGAGAGUUAACGUACGGAGCAGAGGGUUUUCUCUCUGGCUUGUUACAGCGUAACUAAGCUGUUGGCCAGGUUGGCGUUCGUGGCCGGCAGAGUCCAGGGCGGCGGACGUGCUCACCGGAGCUCCGCAUUCAGCUAAAUUGCUUGGCUUUUGUACGAAUUCUCGGCCUCAACCGCCGCCUAACUAAGUCCGAGGGAUCUAGUCUGUCUGGUACGGUACGGAGUACUCUGUAUAAUUUCUCCGAACCCAGCGGUUGGGGAUGCGGAAACCUGGAAUAAUACUCCGUGAAAAUAAAUCAUCAGAAUAUGUUGCUCGAGGCUGUAUCCCACUUGCCGGAUGCAGCUGAAUAGCAUCCCUUCGUUUAUGCUGUUCUAAGAUUACUGAGGCUUGUUGAGAUUUUCUGCCUUGCUUCUGCGAAGCGAACUGUUUCGUUUGAUAUUUGAUAUCUUGGAUGUUGUUGCCGCUCCAUGCUUGUUGGUUUGCAUGUAGGAGAGUUGUUGUAGGAAAGAGGGCACACACACACCGGCCGGGCACAACGAUACGACUUUUUGAGACUCAAGGUGUGCGGAGUGUUUCUGUUGUUACCCCUUUUCAAUGCAUCAGCCAGCAGUCGAGCGCCUAUAUCUUCAGCAGCCACCUUCCGACCUGCACAGAAUCGCAUUUUUUUUUUUUUUUCUCUUUCUUAUUAGGUCAUAGAGAUUCCACCAGUCCCACUCAUACUUCCACUUAUGUUUGGGCUUUGAUUGAAGCCCAGCCUUGUCAAUUCCCGGCACCCGUUCGUUUUAGACCCGCCUCCAAGCCAAAAAAAAAAAAAAAAAAAAAAAACAAUAAUAACAUUACUCUUGCCACAAUGCAUAUCCUGGUAGUAAAUGAUGACGGACCGCCUUCUCAGAAAUGUUCACCAUAUCUGUUCCCCUUCGUCAAAACCCUAGAAAAAGCCGGCCACUUGGUUUCCGUUGUCAUCCCUAAUUCAUCCCGGUCCUGGAUUGGCAAAGCACACAUCAUUGGCGAGACUCUGGAGGCGACUUACAUUUCUCCAGAAGCUCUCGUCAAAGAUACUGGCAAUUCCGCCCAGGGUACCCACGAUCAAAAUGAUGCCGGAACUAAUGGUCUGAACGUACCCAGCAAUCGGCACGGCAGAUCAACCCCAGAGACUACACGGCCUUGGGUCGUCGUCAACAAUGGCACCCCUGCUGCCUGCACCCAACUAGGCAUCUACAGCCUUUUUCCCGAUCGCGAGCCCAUCGACCUCGUAAUUUCGGGGCCAAAUCAUGGUCGAAACGCUUCAAUCAUAUACGGCUUGGCGAGCGGCACUGUAGGUGGCGCACUCGAGGCUGCGACCUGCGGCAAGAAAGCCAUUGCACUAUCCUUUGCGAGUAAAGAGAAACAGCCAGCAGAGACUAUCCAAGCUGCUUCCCGGCUAUCUGUGAAACUCAUCGAACGCCUCUCUGCCCACUGGCCUGAUGAACGCGUGCAGUUAUUCAGCAUAAACGUGCCGAUGCGGCUGGACGUCGAAGAACGACCGGCUGUUUACACAAACAUGUUGCCAAAUUCCUGGUCCAAAUCUAGCCUCUACCAGGAAGUUGAUAUUCAUACUUCUCAGUCCAAGAAGACCAGCAACAACAACAUCAACAUCAUCAGCAACAGUAGUGAUGAUAUAAACAUGCGUGAGGGAACAUCCCCCACGAAACGUGGAGGUGACGACGACCAGCGGAUACCGCCGCAGCUGGCUAGAUAUUUCAAAUGGGCACCAGAGCUCUCCGAUAUCCAACGAAGUGUUGAGGCGAGCAAAGUUGGCACUGAUACAUACACGGUUAUGAACGGAUGGACAAGUGUCACUCCCCUUGCAGCGAAUUUCAGCCAUGUAUCUGGAUUCUCGGGCGAGUUUACGCUUUGAACACAAAAAUUACAUCGCAAAACGCGGUACUAUAUCUGGUUGUUUGGUGGGGAGCGAGCGGGGCGCGGCGCGCGGGUGGGCAUGCAAAUCUUUUUACAAAAGGGAUAGAAAGGAGCGGAACUCAUAUUAUCACCUUCCCUCUUAAUAAUACUUAUCAGCUCUCUUUCCAUAACUAUCAUUUUUCACGCACCCCGAUAUUCCACGGCUAUGUAACUGCUAAGGAAGCAUCCAUAGAUUUCGUGUGUCCUAGAAUUGAGGUCAUAUUUCUUAACAUUCUAUUACCCCUUCCCUAACCAAGUUGCUCAUGUAUUCAAAAUCCAGCCGUUAAGGGAGGGACGGGAGUGGGCUGGGGGGAACUGGCCAAGACAAUGCCAAUGUAAUAGCUAUCAUAGACCAAAGCAAAUCUUGCUGGAAUCUUGAGCGGUCAAGUUUGGCAUUCUCUGGUGCCAUGCCUAAUCGCCCAAUGUGCCUCCUCACGAAUACUUUAGAGUCAUAUAACUGUAUUAUUGGAAAUAGCGAUUCUAAUGGUGAAGAUGGCGUAGCUGGCUUAGAAUAGGGUGAAGAAGGUGUGUGGGAGUCUGCCCAAAUGUAGGAUCCGAUCCUGGUUGACCGAUAAAAAAAGAUGGCAAAAAUCGAAUCUCUGAAGAGAUCGAGAUUGCUGUUCUCUGGAAAUCCUUCCUUCUGGGAUUUGCCCUGUACCUUCCAGGUCGGCUAGGUGACCGAGAUCAGAAUUAUGGCGUGGGUAUAGUUUAGUUGCCGUCGGGGAGGAAGGGCCAAGGGGAGGGGCGAUUGUUCAUCCCUUAUAUUGGGUAAAUAGAAUAAAACGAACGAUGGGCGUUAGAGGAAGAUGGAAAGGCAAAAACGGCUAAUGGAUUCAUCAAUCUAGUACCGUACCAUUUCCAGCAUCUGUUCACAGUCAACCCAGCAAAACCCAGCCAAGUGAAAUAAAAUGGAACACGAAAAACAGAAGAACAGCACCGACUCCACUAGCUACAAU